AUGGCGGACUCAGAAGACAUUCAGCCACUUGUUUGCGAUAAUGGAACUGGAAUGGUUAAGGCUGGAUUUGCUGGAGAUGAUGCCCCACGAGCAGUUUUCCCCAGCAUUGUUGGGCGGCCUCGUCACACUGGAGUGAUGGUUGGCAUGGGGCAAAAGGAUGCAUAUGUUGGUGAUGAGGCUCAGUCCAAGCGUGGUAUUCUAACUUUGAAGUACCCAAUUGAGCAUGGCAUUGUGAAUAACUGGGACGAUAUGGAAAAGAUAUGGCAUCACACCUUCUACAAUGAACUCCGUGUGGCUCCAGAGGAGCAUCCUGUUCUCCUUACGGAAGCACCUCUUAAUCCGAAAGCCAAUCGUGAAAAGAUGACCCAAAUCAUGUUUGAAACCUUUAAUGCUCCUGCUAUGUAUGUUGCAAUUCAGGCUGUUCUUUCACUCUAUGCCAGUGGCCGUACGACUGGUAUCGUUCUUGAUUCUGGAGAUGGUGUGAGCCAUACAGUUCCCAUUUACGAAGGUUAUGCACUCCCACAUGCCAUACUGCGUCUGGACCUUGCUGGGCGUGACCUGACUGAUGCAUUGAUGAAGAUUCUGACGGAACGGGGUUAUUCCUUCACAACAACUGCUGAACGAGAAAUCGUAAGAGACAUGAAAGAGAAGCUAGCAUACAUUGCACUUGAUUUUGAGCAGGAACUAGAGACAUCGAAGACUAGCUCUGCAGUCGAGAAGAGCUUUGAGUUGCCGGAUGGGCAGGUGAUCACCAUUGGUGCUGAGCGUUUCAGGUGCCCGGAAGUCCUUUUCCAGCCAUCGAUGAUCGGAAUGGAAGCUGCUGGGAUUCAUGAAACAACAUACAACUCUAUAAUGAAAUGUGAUGUGGAUAUUAGGAAGGAUUUGUACGGAAACAUCGUGCUGAGCGGUGGCACCACCAUGUUCCCUGGUAUCGCUGACAGAAUGAGCAAGGAAAUUACUGCCUUAGCCCCGAGCAGCAUGAAGAUUAAAGUGGUGGCUCCACCAGAAAGGAAGUAUAGUGUCUGGAUUGGAGGCUCCAUCUUGGCAUCUCUGAGCACAUUCCAGCAGAUGUGGAUCGCAAAGGCGGAAUACGAUGAAUCGGGGCCUUCCAUUGUCCACAGGAAAUGUUUCUAAGCAUGAA